AUGGCAGCCAACACGUUCCUCUUCACGUCGGAGUCUGUGUCCGAGGGACAUCCUGACAAGAUGUGCGACCAGGUCAGUCCUCACUCCUCACAGUUUUUUCAUUACGCAGUUAUUCGUUCAAAUAAGUAAAUUUUUAGGCCAAGUUUGAGAUUUUUUUUAAAACGCUUCUCUAAUAGUUUCGACUCUCAUUACCGUCCAAAAAAAAAAAUAAACAAUGAAAUUUCUGAUCUAGCUAAUCUCCGAAAUUCAGUUUGAACCUAUUGAACAUUUUUGGGAUUCUUUCAGCGAAAUAUUUUUGUUUUUCUGAAAUUAUUCACAUUUAUCAUCAUGCGCUUGUGAAAUUCAAAAAAAAAAAAAACUCGAUGCAACUUUGACACUUCGUGCUUUUUUUAAAAUUUUAAACGGGAAAUCGUAUUUUCAGCUUGGUUUAAAGAUCAGAGAAAAGCCGCAUCAUAAUACUAACUUUGGUCAGCCUUUUUUCAAUUUGCAAAUGUUUACUUGUCAAUUUCGCAAUUUUUCUUGUUCUUAGUGAAAUAAUUUUUAAUGUUUUCUUUAAAAUAUUUUUAGAAGAAUAACAAAAACUAACGCGAAGAAGAAAUAAUUAUUUAAUAUUCGAAAUUAAGCGAGUUGUUAAAUGAGAAACUGAUGAAAAAGAAAUAAAAUUAAAAAGCGCAUCAAAGUAUAAAUGACUGCUCAGAAACUCCCACUUUGUGAUUCAAGUAAGAAACUCGCAAAUAUUUCAUUGAAAAGCCUUUUUUGAAUUUUUUUUUUUCUUCAAAUCUGUCAUCAUUAUUUAGUUUUUCAAUUUUAUUUGCUUUUCCUUCUUUUUAUUAGAAGUGGAGACAUUAAUUAGAUUAAAGUGAAUUUCAAGGGUUUCAGUGUCUCAUGAACUGAAAUAAAAGAAAUGAAAACGCAAUCUGUCUUCAGAUUUCCGAUGCCGUUUUGGACGCUCAUCUCGCCCAGGAUCCGCAUGCCAAAGUAGCCUGUGGUUAGUUUGCUGCACUUGCAGAUAUUUCCGCGAUCGCCCAAUGGUGGACUAUGGAAUCAGAGGUGGACAGGCUGCGAAACGAUGCAUGAACACACAAUUCUUAUUUUCACUUUGCAUGCUUUUUGAUUUAGUUCUUUCUAGCAGUGGUGAAAUUUCACGACAAUAACCGCAGAGAAAGGAAAGAGAAAUAGUGGAAAUGGAUAUAUUUCGGUGUUGUGUGCAUUCGAUACUCGCUACGCCUAAUCUGUCUCUGUUGCAGGACGUUACAUAGAUCCAUCUGGUCGCACUCGUGUGACUACCCCGUUUAAACGGUUGCUUUGAUUACAGAAACGGUAACCAAAACGGGUAUGAUCAUGUUGUGCGGCGAGAUCACAUCGAAGGCCGUCGUCGACUAUCAGGUCCUGGUCCGCAACGUCGUCAAGAAGAUCGGCUACGACGACUCCAGCAAGGGUCCGUCGUUUCUCACGUUUCCCACGGGCACUUUGGCCUGUCCCUCUGUUAUCAUUUCUCCACGAGAUGAAGAGAAACGCACUAGCAAAAAAUCCAAUUCGUUCAAUUUUGCGCGGUGGGGUGAUCUUAUCAAUGGCCAUCGCAAUUCUAGUCUUAUCAUUCUUUUGUCUGGGAAAAUCGGUCGUCAUUUUUGAGAAUUCGAUUUAUCUUUCGGCAUAUAAAGAAGGGCGUGCUUUUUGUUCAACGUUUUUUUUGUUAACGGGAUCGAGUUGAUGAAAAUGCAACAUUAAGAAAAGUUCAAAAGAAUAAAGUAGUUUUAUCAUUUUUUCGAAACUAAAAGUUUAAGAAAUGAAAGUCACCUAGUAGUAUUCGAAAGCGCAGGGACCAGUCACGAAAAAAACGUCUCUGCUUUGUGAAUUUCUGUCCCGUUAAGAUUCUUCGCUUAUUCGGAUCGGAAGAUUAUUUUGCAUACAGCCUGUCCGUUAUUUUUUGAAAAAAGCUUUUCAUAAUUUUGAUCCAGAAUUUUCCACGUGUGAAAUAUAUUUUUGACAAAAGUGUAGAGAGUUUCAAUAAACUAAAACAGUUUUUUGUUACCAGUAACUUGAAAAAUGUUGAAUUUUAAGUUUCCUUCGUCGGUUGUAAAUUAGUAGGAUCAAACAUGCAGAAUAUUCAUGAAAAAAUUUCGGCUUUCAAUAACUUAGAAUAAAAAUAGUCAAUGAAAAGUUUGUCUAGCUGAAUUAAAAAGAAAGUUUCAGGUUUUGACUACAAAACGUGCAAUGUCCUGGUCGCCCUGGAGCAGCAGUCGCCAGAAAUCGCAGCCGGAGUCCACGUGCAGAAGUCGGAAGACGAUGUCGGUGCCGGAGACCAAGGAAUCAUGUUCGGCUACGCGACCGACGAGACCGAGGAGGCGAUGCCGCUCACUCUGCAGCUUUCCCACCAACUCAACGCCAAGCUCCACGAGCUCCGUCGCAACGGCACCCUCGCCUGGGUCCGACCAGACUCCAAGACUCAGGUUUCCGUGGAAAAAGAAGUUCUUCUCCUGACUCAGCUCUUCAGGUCACCAUCGAGUACGAAUUCGUCGGAGGAGCCUGCAUUCCUCGUCGCGUUCACACCGUCGUCAUCUCCACGCAACACAGUCCCGAUAUCUCACUUGAAGACCUCCGCAAAGAGCUUCUGGAUAAGGUGCAGUUUUGCAUGGCAAAGUGUCUUUCAAGGGGCUUUUUGAAGGUUAUCCGAGCUGUGAUCCCUGCAGAACUGAUGGACGACUCGACCGUCUUCCACUUGAAUCCCUGCGGAUCUUUCAUCGUCGGAGGACCGAUGGGCGAUGCUGGACUCACCGGCCGCAAGAUCAUCGUCGACACGUACGGCGGCUGGGGAGCUCACGGCGGCGGGGCUUUCUCUGGAAAGGACCCCACCAAGGUGGACCGUUCUGCGGCCUACGCAGCUCGAUGGGUCGCCAAGUCUCUGGUCAAGGCCGGAAUCUGCCGUCGUUGUCUCGUCCAAGUUUCCUACGCGAUCGGAGUCGCCAAGCCUCUCUCUGUUCUUGUCUUCUCUUUCGGAACUUCGGCGCUCAAUGAGCAAGAACUCCUUCAAGUCGUCAACGAUAACUUCGAUCUCCGACCUGGAAAGAUCAUCAAGUGAGUUUUUUUCACUCACUUUUCCCGGGGAACUGUCUGGAACGGUCUGAUCCAAUCUUCUAUGGUAUGUCCCACGGGAGAGUGCUCGAGAAAGAAAAAUAAUUGUCUAGUAAGCGACAUAGAUUGCUGAGAAAAUUCCGGAAAGUGCAGGAAACCCUUUAGAAUAUAUUUUUUCAGAUUUUCAGUUUAGAAAACAGCUGCUCUGAAUCUUUUCAUAAGGAACACGAAAAAAAAAUUUAAUCUUCAAAAAAUUCGCAAAAAGCGGGUUUUGAGCUCUUCAAGCACAUUUUCGACCUUUUAUUUUCUUAUAUCUCGCCUGUCAAAGAGGUAUCGACCAGAUCUUAAAUAUUCGUCUCAGACACUUCCGUAGAAGGACUUUAUCAGGAGCAAAUAGCAAAAAAAGUAUUCAAUAUGUUUGCAGGGAGCUCGACCUCAAGAGACCAAUCUACGAGGCCACCGCCGAGAACGGUCACUUCGGACACAACGAGUUCCCUUGGGAAGUGCCACGUGCUUUGAAAAUUUCUCCCGAGCUGACGAAGAAGUCGCAACAAGCUCCGCGACAAGAAGACGUCGGAUCCAUUGCUCACUAA